AUGUUUACUCGCGGAGUAACGUGGAUCGAGCGUCGACAGCUUCUGCGCACUUCGCUGUCACCGACCGAAAACGCUCAGAUCGAUGCGUUGCACACCGUUCUCGUGGUCGUUAUGAAGCGGAUUGUUAGCAUCUUGCGCGAACUCCAGCAGUUCGAGACGUUCGAGACUUUGUCUGUUGAAGAGAUGAGCAAGUCUCGCUUACUGCACACUGUGAACGCUGAUCCAGGCAGCGAGUUCUUGGGUCGAACGAUGGAUAAACUGUCGCAUGAAGUGCGGAAGGAGAUCGUGGUCGGACUUGAAAAUGAGCUCCUGGACUUGGCUGCCGUACCCGGGCCUCGCACUUACCCUGCCUUAGAUACAUCUCGAGACGAGUGGAUGCGUCUACGGACAGAGCGACAAAAACUUAUUCGAGAGAAUGGGACUUUCUUCAUGCGAGAACAAACAAGUGCGCUGGUCGUCUCGGUUCCAAGGAGCUUUACUGGCGACGGCAUCAUCGCUUGGUUCCGUCGCCGACCUUCCGUUUUGUGGGACGACAAUGCUCUAUGUGCUGCUGGAUACGUGGAGAAUGUGACUCCAGAGCUUGGCUUUGGCAAACGAACCGUGCUACUGGAAUGCCGAGAUGAUCGCUAUUACCGCUUACGUGAAGUAGAUAUGUGGAUGGAGAGCUCGUCACGGACGAACAGCUUGUUCCCUCUGGAUCUCGUAAGAGAGAUCGAUUGCUACCGUGGUCAUAUUCUAUGGGAUUGGAAGUAUUGUCUCUUCGUACCGAGUCGCAAGCAUUUGUACAUUUACGAGAACGAGACGUCGACGUCUCCUGUGGCCUAUAUCGAUGUGGCGAGUGCAGUCUGUAAAGCUGCGUACAACUUCUCGAAUGACGCGAAUGGCGGAUGGAUGGAUCUCGUGAACCCCACGGUGUGUAUGACCAAAACCCGCCUCAACGGCGACAAAGUCAUCGAAGUCAAGACCUCAAGUACGCAGAAGUGGGUUCAGGCGCUGGCUCGCUCAGGUGUCUGCGUGGAAAUGCGACCAGGCCAAGAAGUACUCAUGAAAAGACUUAAUCCAAUUAUUCUGCAGCAAAAGUGCAACAAACACGCGACGGAGUUUGACCCGAAUGACCUCGAGGGAAGCUUUCAGCGAUUACUGAAUCGGUUAUUCGGUCAUGACAAAGGGUUAACUCAUCAAGACUAUGAGAAAGAGCGUCGAGAACUCCGUACUCAAGUGCGAAGUGAGCUGAAGAAAGCAGGAGCGCAAGGAGACACGGUGAUGGCAUAUUACGGCCGAGGUAAGAUCCGGAAAUCGAAGCCUGUGAACAGUGGGAACUUUAAGAACGACUCACUGUAUUCGGGACGAAUAAUACGGAUCCGUACCCCAUUUACCGACGAAAAAUACCCGUUCAAGACAGCGUACGACAUGACCGACAUUAACGAGGUACCAGCAGAACUUUCCAAGCUCUUAACGAAGUACAAGGUGACCGACAAGGCGUCGUGGUUGAGUCUAUCGAAGGCGCAGCGUGACAUGUUUCUGCUCUACGACGUCGAGUACACUCGCGCCAACGAACGGAUUGUCGAGGAAGGGUUGAUGCGAGGCCAUAUCCGCACAAGUGAGGGAGAUCUGGAUCCUCAAAAGGUGAGUGAAAGAUGCUUCGAUCUCAAUAUCUUGUUCAAGAAUACAGAUCUGGAGGAUUGUGUCUCGCGCAUGGUGAAGCACAGAUAUCGUCACAAACCACUGGGCGUUCUCAAGAUCCAUACAAAGAUGCUCUCUCCUCACCGCCCAAUCGACGCCUGGUAUCCUCUAGCACCUGCUAGUGACAUGCUUCAGAGGACAAAUCUAGGUCAGGUUAGAGUGGAGCUUCAGCUGAGCAAAGCUUUAUUUGCUGUAGGUAGAGAACCUUCCGUUGUGAAGGUCUCGAUCCUGGAAGGACGUAAUCUUCCUGUGGCCGACAUGCUCACAAGCGAUCCGUUCGUGGAAAUUUUCUUGUUGGACCAAGAUUCGAAGGAGCGGGAUACGAGUCUCAAGACGGACGUCAAGAUGAAGUCGCUCAACCCGAAAUGGGAGAAUCAGGAGUUCUUGUUGGGGAAAUCGGAGAGAACCAGGCUUAGUGAUAAGAAGGGAAUACUGCUGCGUGUGACGGACUACGAUGCAGCGUCGGCGAAUGAUCCGAUGGGUUGUGUCACUAUUGAGUUCUUACGGACGGAGAACGGAUACAUCCGAGGUCUCGUACUCAAGCAGGCUGAUGCUUACGGAAAUGCAGACACACAAGAGCUCACGUUGGAUGGUCAACAUCGUGUUGAAGUAGACGCGAUGCUGCUUCCAGUCUCGGGUAAGCAGAAGAUAAAGAAGAAGCCUGCGCCUGAUGGAGUGCUGGGGAAAUUGCGCUUCAUCUACACGUGCAGCUUCCUACCGCAUGGAGAAGGUGGAUCUAAGAUGAAAUACGACUCUGCUUCUGAAGACCUAGGAGCUAUACUCGGCCGGACGUACGACUUGUCGAAAGUGAACUAUUUCGACGUGCGUUUGGCUUCCGAGUCGACUGGUAGAGUUUUCGAGGGUCAACUUGGUAAGUCCGAUGGGGCGACGGAAUUCUCGUUGACAAACCCGAAUCAGUGCGCGAGCUUCCGAGACGAAACCGUGGUCUUGACUGAGCGUGACGCGAAGGACACGGUGGCUCUGAAGUUUGACUUAAACUUGAUUGGAAUUCAGCGAGCAGAUCGCAUUCGAAGACUCGUGGCCGACACUUUCCGGUUGGUUGGACUCGCGUUUGACUCCCGAACGUUUAACCAUAGCGGUGGACGGUACAACUUGGAGCAACUUAACAAGGACUUGCUAGCUCAAGUGCGUGUCAUGAGUCAAGCGCUCACACUUCACUGGAAAGCGACACCUCAACUGCUGGGCUACGUGCUCGAACUCGUCUUGUUGAGUGGAGAGAAUGACCGUCUGUCGUAUGCGAAUGCAGUAGCCUUAGACGCUGUGCUUCAUCGAUGGUCCCGUGUCUUAAUGCAAGUGACGGAGGCUAGAGACUAUUUGACUGGCAAUUGUCACGGCAAGAAGACACCGCAAUUGAUCGAAAAGCUCUUUACGGAGUGCGACUGGACUGGAGUUAACUUUCCUUUCUUUAAGCAUGCUGGGGUUGUUGUAGACACCCAGUUACGUGGCGGACGCUUUGUGGCCGCCCGGAUAGUCAAGGAGUGUGGAGGAGGGCUUUUUAACAUCAAGAUCUGUACCCACCCUGACGCGCCGUACUUGGUUGAAUAUUUGGACAGCUCAGAGCCGCACGAAGACUCGAAGCUGUCGACGCUGGGUACAAAUUGUCAUGUUCCCGAUUCGGUACGGAGCAUGGCCAAAACAUUGGAAAAUCUCUGGUGGGGUAGUGACAAAAUCGUGAAAGUAUACGCGCUUCUUCCUGGCGCAGUCAAGUCGCUCCAAGUUCGCAAUGCGACGACCAACAAACUUGUGCCAACGACACUAAUGGAGCGUAACGAAGACCAACCGCGUUUUGUUGGUCAGUACCACGGGUUCGUGAAAGGAGAGACUUUCGACAAGCAAGAAGCAGAGCAGCUAGAGUUGGUAUACAGUGCUGUAUGCAGACGAGAACUGCUUCUACUUGAUCGUAGCGCCACCUCCACGCGUUUGGUCAUGGCUACAUUGGGAAAUACGUCGGGCUCCGUUUCACAAUGUGUUCCAGCUGUCUGUACCGCACAAUGA